AUGGGAAGAGGCCCCCGCCGCAAGGAGGCUUCUCGAAAUCCGGCGGAGGAGCCCGCUGAGGCUAGCGGCAUUUGGCAGAAUGGAGUGCAGCGCUACAGUGCCGCCUUUGAGUCCUUCUAUAGGGAGCAGCGGAUAGUGCCUGAUGAGGCGUGGGACCUCUUCAUGGAAUCUCUUCAAUCGAGCCUCCCCACGGCUUUCAGAAUAGUGACUGUGACACCACACCGCCACUAUGUACAUAAGUUUCUACAGGAGACACUCGCAAGUCUGCAGGACCCCACAUCUGCCAAUGCUGCGGAUGGGGCUGAGGGACGCCAGACAGAUUUUCGAGAGGCCUUGAAGGCACUAGAGUGGUACAAGAGCGGCAAAGAGGCUUUCCAGCUGGAGGUUUCCCGGCACGUUUUGCGGACGUGCAAGCCCCUCUUGAGCUUUCACAAAUUUUUAGUAGCUCAGUCAGAAGCCGCAACGAUUUACCGGCAGGAAGCUGUCUCUAUGAUCCCUGCACUCUUUCUUGAAAAGGAAAUGCGGAGUGAUUCGCUAGUCCUGGAUAUGUGUGCCGCUCCAGGCUCCAAAACCUCCCAACUUCUCGAGGCUCUCCACCGGGCGGCUGAACACGAGAAACGAUGUCGCCGCAUACAGGAGAAACGAGGAACUGAAAUGGAGGAAGAUGGAUGGCCUGCACUUCCAACUGGCGCCGUUGUAGCCAACGACGCAGAUGUCACGCGUUCUCACAUGCUGGUUCAUCACCUACGCCAUCUUCAUUCGCCCUGUCUUCUUGUCACGUCGCACGCUGCCCAGUUUUUUCCGACGGUCUUUGAACCUCCCAGAGUUCAGCCGGCUGCAGCAGCAGGGGCCCCCUACGGCGUUUCUGUGGCUGCGGAGAGCGACGAGGCGGCUGCCACACGACUUUCACCCGUUCAAUUCGACGGGGUGUUGUGCGACGUGCCAUGCUCUGGAGAUGGAACAAUGCGAAAGAACGCAGCCUUAUGGGCAGCAUGGAGCCCACACCAGGGACUAGGCUGUCAUCGGCUGCAGGUGCAGAUUCUACUCAGGGGCAUCAAAGUGUGCAAAGUCGGAGGCCGCAUAGUUUACAGCACCUGCACGUUUAAUCCAAUAGAAAAUGAAGCCGUCGUCCAUGCAGCCAUGACGAUGUCGAGGGGAGCUGUGGAGCUCGAAGACUGUACAGAGGAUCUUCCAGCCCUUAAAAGGAGCCCAGGAUUGAGCAGCUGGCGCGUAGAGUGGGAAGGCCGGUGGUAUGACUCGUUUGACAACGUGCCUAAGACAGCCAGAGCCGCCAAGAAACUGAGGCCAUCCAUGUUUCCUCCAAGCGAUGGAUCGGGGUCGUCUCCAGCGGUGCCACUCCACCGCUGCAUGCGUUUCCUCCCUCACGUGAAUAACACAGGCGGCUUUUUUGUCGCUGUGUUGCGCAAAGUUCGCGAGGUGUGUCUGACUCCGCUCUCGUGCCCCCCGAGCGCUAGCGGAUGCUCUCAGGCAGCGAGUUUAAAUGACUUCCCCGAGGCCGGGGGGGGCGGCCUCAAAGAGGUUGCAUAUGCUGGGAUUCAAGAUGCUGCAGACGCAUGCACGGACGCACUUGCUGAGAGCGUUUCGGAGGCGAGGGCGCGAAGACCAUUCGAUAAGAUGCAACUUGAUAUGGUUGGCCUCGAUUGGCAGCCUGAAGCGUUGCAGCGGCAGCAUCAACAGCUGCUCCAACAGGAGGAAUGCUCCAGGAGCUCAGGAGAGCGACCUGCUGGGGAUCCAGACGGAUCGGGGAAUUCAACUGCGGGCAUAGCGGCGGCAUGUGUACCGGCGUCCCAUGCCAGCCAGCGGCCGUUCACAGGAAUGUCUAUCGCCGUCACACGUGACAUUUUAGAGAAGGCACUACGGUCAGUGCUUUCUACUUUGGACCUUUCUGAGGAUUUGUUGAACCCGUAUAAAUCAAAAUGUGCCGUGCGCGAGGUGCUGCUUCGUCUAAGCUCCCUAGUGUAUUUUCGCCGAAUGACGUCGGAGUCUCCAGGCGCUUCUGGCGGAGAGCCCGCGGAGACAGGAGACCUUCCCAGCGAAGAGUCGCGAGACAGGCAGCCCAGACGGCUCUUCUUUGUGUCUGAAGGCGUCAAACGGCUGGUGGAGGCUGUCGGGGCCUCUCGCUAUAAAAUUAUAAAUGGCGGCUGCUUGGCCUUCCAGGCGCGAACCAAGGGAGUCUACCGCAUUGCGUAUGGUGGAGCACAGUGGCUGGCGCCAUUCUACGAGGCAGUGAUGCGUCUCACUACUGAGCCGGCUGAAGCUGUUGCAGCUGGUGCAGCCACUGUCAAAGAGCAGGCGGGCACGCUGAAAACCCUCCUCGGAGUCUCUGCUCAGGUAGAAGGCCGCCGCGUCUUCCACAUCCCAGGGGGACUGCUUUACAAAUUGACAGCAACGGAGCAGGCGGAUCGGCGGGUGCCUCUUUGUGCGAUUGAAGAAGCUCGCUUUGGCCAGACUCUCGUGCAGGCCUCUCGUGAAGGUUCUCUACUGUUGCUGGCACGACUCCCUCACCACGCACCUGAAGCUGCUGGCAGCACCUUCAGCAACGUGGCGGUGCCAGCGUGGAGAGGGCGCACCAACGUGGAACUGAUGCUUGACCCGAAUACACGAUGGGCGCUGAAGUGUCUCUUGAACGCCUGCGGGUUUGGACAUGAAACAUCUAUUUGUGACAAAGCAUGA